AUGAAGCACCCGGCACCCUUCAAGUCCGACUACACUAGCGUCUUUGGGUUCCCUCGACCGUCGACAUAUCCCGGAUCGAUCCAAGCCCAUUUCUGCUCAUCUCGAGGCUUUGGACUCUGGCAGUGCAUCGGAGCCUCCUCCUUUGCCCGGCUCCCUCCCUCCCUUCCGUCCCUUCAUCCCCUCCUCCAUGGAAAGCUGACUACAUGCCACCGCAACCAUGAUCCAUCACUGCCGCUGCGAUACGACGCCAUCCAGCAUCCGGGCUACCCUAUCCCAUCCCAUGCUGCCCGUCACUACUUCGAAGCAUCUCGAUAUCCCGGCUUGCAGCAACCCCGUCUUGAAACGUGGAGGCAGAUUCCCAUGGGCCAAUCGCAAAUCGCACAUUCGCACCCCCGGUAUGCCCACCAUGGAUCGUCCGCCGACUACGUAUCGAGAUGGCCAAACUUGUCCCUUGUCGCCGCCGUCCUACUAUACACCUCUAUGCGGCACCUGGCCUCGCGACUGCCACACUAUGCGAUACCCUGCAGCACAUCAACCCGCAUCGCGCUGACGACGGCUUCCAACCCGCUCGUCUUCAUGUCGCCCUAUCUUUCAUAUACUGCCACGUACCGAUACGGGUACCAUUAG